AUGGCCCAACCCAAACCCCGCCUCGUCGACACCCUCCCUUCCGUCAGAACCAUGCCCAUGAAGGUCAUAGUACUAGGACUGAACCGGACCGGCACGAUGUCAAUGUACACCGCGCUGCAACAACUCGGGUACCACCCCUGCCACGGCACCAACAUGUGGGCGGACCCUUUUCGAAACCUGACCCUGUGGACCGAAGCCAUGCGCGCCAAGUACAUGGGCUCGGGCGCGCCGUGGGGCCGGCGCGAGCUCGAUGUCGUAUUGGGGAACUUCGACGCCAUCAUGGACCUCCCCGCCGCCUGCAUGGUCGACGAACUCGUGCGCGCCUACCCCGACGCCAAAUUCAUCCUCACCCACCGCCCCGUCGAGAAAUGGCUCGCCUCCAUGCACGCCACCAUCUUCCCCGUCAUGGCCUGGCCCUCCUGGCAGCUCCUCCGCCGCUUCGACCCGGUUUUCGUCGAACCCUGGUGCCGGUACAAAGAGAUCAUGCUCGAGGGGUGGGGGAGGGACGAUUUCGGCGACGCGAAUAUGAGGAGGACGUUUGCGGAGCAUGGCGAGGUGGUCAGGAGGGUGGUGCCCGGGGAGCGGCUGUUGGUGUUUGAUGUGAAGGAGGGGUGGGGGCCGCUGUGUGGGUUUUUGGGGGUGGAGAGGCCGGUGGGGGCGUUCCCGCAUGUGAAUGAUGCGGAGGCUUAUGUGAGGAGUUUUCGGCGGGCGAGGGAUUGGGUGAUUUUGAGGGUGGUGGGGAGGGCGUUGAUGGUGUUGGUUCCUCUGAUGGCGGUGGUGUAUGCGUGGUACGCUGUGUUUUGA